AUGCCUAAACAAUUGAUUAAAUCUAAAAAUCCUCAUAAUUAAUUUAUUCUUGAUCACAUAGUUGAAUUGAAGAAUAGAUGCCUUAGAACAGGUUAAGAUAAAUUAGCUUUCAUUUAUUAAAAGAUCAUACAAUCACUUCAAAAAUAUCCUAUGCCUCUAUUAUGUGAAGACUAAGUGUAAAUGCUAUAAGGUGUAGGAGAUAAAACAUCUGUUAUGAUUUUGCAGUUGAUUAAAAAGCAAUAUCAACAAUAUGAGAUCCCUUUCCAUAAAUUUAAUGAAGCUCUAAUAUAAGAUAAUUUAGACGUAAUUAACGAGCAAGAGGAUGAUGUGGAUUAGAUUUAUUCAGAAAGUUGUCCACCCUCAAUGGUAUAUAAUGAUGACACUUCAAAAAGGAAGGAUAAACAAUUUUAGGCAUCAUUCAUUGAAGAACUUCGAAAAUAAGUCAUCAAACCCAUACCAGAGAUACAAUCAAAAAGCAAGAGACAAUAUCAACCUGGAAAGGGUUCUAAAAGUGGAUAAGUGUUAAUGAGUUUGUAUAAGUUUUAAAAAAGUGAGAAUAAACUUUUUGCUUCAAAAAAAUAAAUAAAAGAACAAUUAAGAGAGUAUAUUUAUUAUUUAUUUAGUAUUUGUAACACUGAAUUAUCGAGUUGGAAUGCUAUUGAGACAUUAGAGAAGCAUCAAUUAAUUUAAAAGUAAAUAGAUAACAUUAAUCAGAACUGUCCUAGACAACGAAAUUAAAUAUGCUUUAACUGAGGAUGGCAUUAAAUUAGGAUAGCAAUAUUUUACAGAAACUAUGAUCUAACAAUAAAUGACUGUACCCUCAGAAAGACCAUCUAAGAUUAUAUUAUUGAUUGAUAAUCGAGAGAGAUUUUAGAGUAACAACAGGUAGAUAAUCUUUGAAAAGCUUACUAACAUAUACUAAAUAGAGUGCAGAUUAAGUCAAUUACCCAUUGGAGAUUUUAUGUGGAUAUGCUAAAAAGGAGAUGAUGAAUACAUAUGUGAUUAUAUAAUUGAAAGAAAAACCAUUCAAGAUUUAGCUCACAGUAUUCUUGACAAAAGAUACUAGGCUUAAAAACACAAAUUGAAGCAUUGUGGAAUUAAUAAUAGAUUUUAUUUAGUUGAAAAUUCCUCAUCCUCCAAUUUGCCAGUACCAAGAGCUACUAUUGACAAAGCAAUUAGGAAUACUUAGAUUAAGGAUGGGUUUUUUAUUUAACAAACAGAAACAUUAGAAGAUUCCUUAAGAUGGCUAGCUUUAUUUACUAAAACUGUUAAAGUAUUGCCUAAUGCAAUCAAGUUUUCAGAAUUUAUGUACAAUAAUUCAAAGAAGGCAGAGUCACUUUUUAAUUUAUGGGGAAGUAUGCUUAGAGGCAUACAUGGAGUAGGAUUAGAGUCUGCCAAAGCUAUAGCAUGUGUUUGGAAGACUCCUAUUGAAUUCUAUGAUGCGAUUAAUCAAGAUGAAAAUAAAAGCUUAUAAUAAUUAAUUGAAGAGAAUUCGAUUAAAUAAAGAUCCAUACCUAGUCACAUAUUAAGGUAAAUUGAAAUUUUAUUCUAAAAAGAACACUACCCUAAUUGA